AUAGCUCCGCCGAUAUGAAUGAACGUGUUCCACAGAUUUACGACUCUGAUUACCGAAUCCGAAUUACCCCACGUCCGAAAUCGUGCGGAUCAAAAAAAAAAAUUAAUAAAUAAUUAAAUAAAAUUCCGCAUACUGUAGUCGAGCUAUCGCGACGAAUAUUUCGAUGCAGACGCGUGUCGCGAAUGCAUAUUUUCAGAAAAUCGCACCAUUCAAAAUUUGACCAUACAGUUGAGAAGGAGAAAAAUGGCGCGGUGACGGUUGCAUGAGCUUAUAUCGUUGAAUAAAACGUGGCGGGAGUGUACAGUGUGCAGUUGUUGCUGAAUAACGUGAAAAUUGCAUUGUAAAUAGAAGCGUGUGAUACCGUGAUUCGGAAUAUACAGUGGUAUAGCUCUCGCGUGGAAGACGCGAGGAUACGUCCUAGAAGUCGGUCUAUUUUUGACCUCGCGUCUCGUGACGUCACGCCCCAAAAAUAGCCCCCAAAAACGGGGGGCGGCGGUUACCGCGUCCCCUCCGCGGGUUAUACGGCAGGUCUCGAUGUCUCCACUGGAUUCGAAAAAGUGGCGUAAAUCCAGUUAUUUCGAGGAUUCGUCGGAGGCGCGUGGACGUAACGCGACGUUUACCUCGAAUCGGAAUAUUUCACAUCGCGUUUGACGAACGUCGGCGUAUAAUAUCGCGAUCGCCGCGGAUACCCCGUAUCAAAUCGCCCGGUAUGCGCGAGGGCUGCACGAAAAUUCGCAAAAAAUAAACAAAAACAAACAAACCGAGCCAACGAAUGAGAUAAAACAAAACGCAUAUAUAUAUAUACAUAUAUGGCGAACGACGUACUCGCUACUCAACUUCUAAUCGUUAUCGGAAUUAAUUUUUUGUGAUAACCGGAGCGUAUUAAAAUAGGAUAAGAAGGGAGUCGUUUCCACGGCGAGUAAAGUAUAAUUACGGGGGCAAGAAAUCGCCCCAGCCCUCGACGGCCGAGGAGAAAAAGGCGUAAUAAAACGUAAAGAAUAAAAGAAACUACGUCGUCGCUCCGAGAGGCGGAGUACAGUGUUUGAACUCAAAUUCUCCUGGUGUUUCCAAAGAAAUUUUCUAAUACAUAAUAUCGAAUUUCGGUGGCGUUAAUUUUGACAAAAUGCCAGCACCCGGAGGUAGACAACAGCAGCAGCAGCAGCAGCAGCAGCAACAGCAACCUUCGCAAAGGACGACUUUCAGGCCACCUUGGGUCAAGGAGGGACCGAACCCUCUCCCGAUGCCCGCCGCCCCCUGGACUCUAAAUUCCAGGAGAGAAUCCAAAACGACGUCCGAAGAACCACCGGCUUUCACCAAAGUCACUCUGAAGAGCGUUCCCAAGCCCGUAGAGGCCCCGAUUUGCCCACCUACGUCAUCGGAGCCGCCGGCGCCGCGAAAGCAAAGCAAGAUCACGAUCAUCCCGUCACAGCCGAACAACCCCCAAAAUCAGUCGACGCCUCCGACGAACACCAGACCCAGGGAAAAUGGCAGACACGAGGCCCAGACGAGACCGCAGUUGGAACGACAAAUCCGAGUCGAAAAAUCGAGGUCCAGAGCGGACGUCGUUCCCUUAUCGAAAAGCGAGAGCACGACCGGAGCGCCGACCUUGUCGAAAAGCUCAUCGAGGGCGGCGAUCCCUCCGCCACCCCCGCCCAGGCCGCCUCCUCCGCCCCCAGCCAGAGUUAUCCUCAAGGAUUUGCCACCCUUGAGCGAUCGGCAGAAAAAAGUUUUGGAGGCGUUGAAAUCGAGGCCGAGAAAACGACCGGAUUGGGCAUGCAUGAUGAAAGAGGUCGAGAGCGAAAGGAAGUUGAAACACGUUGUUUGUAACGACAGGAGCGCUCCGAUUUUAGAAAGGGUAAACAAAGUCGCCGAAGACCCCGCGGGCAAUGCCCAUUUUGUGUUCGAAUCAGAGAAGUCGAACAUGCACAACAAGCUGCUGCAACAGAUCCAGUCGGGGGUGAAGUUAAAGAGCGUGAAAACUAACGACCGGUCGAAACCGGUGUUACAAGGACUGAGGAAAUUCCGUAGGCAAAUGACGAUCGAAGAACAAAUUCAAAAGGCUGAAGUAGCCCCCGUAGACGAGGUGGUUCCCGACGAGAUGGAUGACAUCGACGCGGUACGCGACGAUCUUCAAAGUACCAAACAGAUGCUCGCUCUUGAACUGAGAAAUAAAGAGGCGGUCGAGAGAGAGAACAAAAGAUUGCAGGCGAGACUUUUGAAUUUAGAGGUAGAAUUGGAACGCGAAAGGUCCCAGAAAACUGUUCAAGAGUACAAAAAGCAAGAUGAGAAACUGGCGGAGUCGUUGAGGCUGGAAGCCCAACAGGCGAGACAGGACGCGGAACGUCUGGAGAAGGAGUAUGCGGCCGUUGCGGAGGAAAAAGAUAAGGCGAAGAGCGAACUGGAAGAAAUGAAAAAAAUGUACGCCGCGUUGGAGAGACGCAUGAAAGCCGUCGUAGAGUCUGACCCGUCAAACCCUAGAUCAGAUUCCAAUUCAGAGUUAGAAGUAGAUGAGAGCGCGGACACGUCCUGGUCCAAUGUUUCAGGCAUGGCGUUAGCUGGUUGCCCAAGCGCUAAGGAUGUUGCCAAAAUAGCUUCUCAAAAGAGUAUAGAUCAACCUGAAUACGAGAGCGAAGAAGAGGAAGAAGAAAGCAGCGAAGAAGAGGAAGAUGUCGACCCAAAGAUAGCAGCUGAGAAACGUGUACAACGGGAGCUGAAGCUGCUCAUUACCAAGAUCAAAACGUUCAAGGACAAAGCAGCAAAUGCAAAGAAAGAACGGCAUGCGCUGCGCGAGCAGAUCAAACAGCAGCAGAAAUUAUUAAAAGAGGAAAAAAAGAAGUUCAAAGGACUGCAGAAAGAGGUAGACAAAAUGGCUAAACUUAUGCACGAAGAAGAAGAUGAGGAGGAAACAGAGGAAGAAGAAGAGGAAGAAGAGGAAAGCGAGGAGUCUGAUGAGGAAUCAGAGUCCGAAGAGUCAGAAAAUGAAGAAGAAUCUGAAAGCGACGACGAGAACGCUCCGGUAGAAAAUCGCAAGAAUGUAUUACAGGGACAAGUGAAGAAGCACGAAGGGCGUCUAGCGACCUUGAAGAAAGGUAACUACCUAUUGAAGGCAACUGUGGAUCGUUUGAAAGAUGAUUUAGCAAGGCAACGUGAAGAAAGCAUUACUUUACAAGAAGAUUUAGACUCUGUCUUAGCAGAGCUAGGCUGAUACUUUGCGAAUAGUCCAAAACAUACUAUACACAUACAUACAUAAAUACUCAAAUAAUAAUAGUAACGAUAAAAUUAUAAAUAACACAAGAAAAAACAAACGAUACAUACAUUAUUACACGCUAACAUACUGUAUUCAUUAUUCACUUUGUGAUUAGAGCCAUUUAAUCUUGUGAUUAAAAAUCGAACUCGACUACAAAAAAAUCAGAAGGUGUAAUCAGCACAAAAAAAAACCUCAGAAAGACCAAACUUUUUCGCACAGUUGAAAUUUGGACUAAUCCUGCGGCAACACCCCGGAAUUAUUGACCAAAAUAGUCAAGAUGUGUUGGAAAAAAAAGGGAUUGGCUUCAUGAGGUGAAUAAUAUAUACAUACGCAGUAGCCAAAAUACGAGCGUAGACGUCGCUUCAUGAGGUGAAUAAUAUAUACAUACGCAGUAGCCAAAAUACGAGCGUCGACAGACGAUUAAAACUCCAUAUACACGUAAUUUUAACUAGCUAAUACUCAACAUAUUUAUAUUGACGAGGCUAUUGUAUUUUGAUUUUGCAAUUGAACUGUAAGAUAUUUUUUAAUAAAGAAUAUUGGCUGUUGA